CCCCUCAGGAGAAGUCGGGAAGGUGGCGGCGGCGGCGGCGGCGGCUGCGGCGGCGGUUGUCCCGGCCGGGCCGGUUGGUGUGGUCCGUCAGCCUGCGCUCCGCAGCGUCCGCGCGGCGCCGCGCCCAGCUUAGUCGAGUCGAGCCGCGGCGGCCGGGUCCGGCGCGGGCGGCGCGCGCUGACGGAAGGCGGCGGCCGCGGCCAGGGCGGCCGGUGGGACCGCGGGUCCCCGGCGCAGCGCCGCCCGGCUCCCGGCCCUGCCGGCCUCCUCCCUCGGCGCCGCGGCCAUGGCGGCCAGCGCGAAGCGGAAGCAGGAGGAGAAGCACCUGAAGAUGCUGCGGGACAUGACCGGCCUCCCGCACAACCGAAAGUGCUUCGACUGCGACCAGCGCGGCCCCACCUACGUGAACAUGACGGUCGGCUCCUUCGUCUGUACCUCCUGCUCCGGCAGCCUGCGAGGGUUAAAUCCACCACACAGGGUGAAAUCCAUCUCUAUGACAACAUUCACACAACAGGAAAUUGAAUUCCUUCAAAAACAUGGAAAUGAAGUCUGUAAACAGAUUUGGCUAGGAUUAUUUGAUGAUAGAUCUUCAGCAAUUCCAGACUUCAGGGAUCCACAAAAAGUGAAAGAAUUCCUACAAGAAAAAUAUGAAAAGAAAAGAUGGUAUGUCCCACCAGAACAAGCCAAAGUGGUGGCAUCAGUUCAUGCAUCUAUUUCAGGGUCCUCUGCCAGUAGCACAAGCAGCACACCUGAGGUCAAACCACUGAAGUCUCUUUUAGGAGAUUCAGCACCAGCACUGCACUUAAAUAAGGGCACACCUACUCAGUCCCCUGUCGUAGGUCGCUCUCAAGGGCAGCAGCAGGAAAAGAAGCAGUUUGACCUUUUAAGUGAUCUUGGCUCAGACAUUUUUGCUGCUCCAGCACCUCAGUCAACGGCUACAGCCAAUUUUGCUAACUUUGCACAUUUCAACAGUCAUGCAGCUCAGAAUUCUGCAAAUGCAGAUUUUGCAAACUUUGAUGCAUUUGGACAGUCUAGUGGUUCGAGUAAUUUUGGAGGUUUCCCCACAGCAAGUCACUCUUCUUUUCAGCCCCAAACUACAGCAUUUAGAAUGCUUUCAUCUAGCUGCAGUUUUGGUGAAUUUACUUCAGCUUUUCCUCUCCAGGCUACCAACAGUGGAAGUGCUGGAUCAGUAAAUGCUAAUUUUGCUCAUUUUGAUAACUUCCCCAAAUCCUCCAGUGCUGAUUUUGGAACCUUCAAUACUUCCCAGAGUCAUCAAACAGCAUCAGCUGUUAGUAAAGUUUCAGCGAACAAAGCUGGUCUACAGACUACAGACAAAUAUGCAGCGCUUGCUAACUUAGAUAAUAUCUUCAGUGCUGGGCAAGGUGGUGAUCAGGGUAGUGGCUUUGGGGCCACAGGUAAAGCUCCUGUUGGUUCUGUGGUUUCACUUCCCAGUCAGUCAAGUGCAUCUUCAGACAAGUAUGCGGCCCUGGCCGAACUAGACAGCGUUUUCAGCUCUGCAGCCACCUCCAGUAACGCAUAUACUUCCACAAGUAAUGCUAGCAGUAAUGUUUUUGGAACAGUGCCAGUGGGUGCUUCUGCACAGACACAGCCUGCUUCUUCGAGUGUGCCUGCUCCAUUUGGAGCUACACCUUCCACAAAUCCAUUUGUUGCUGCUGCUGGUCCUUCUGUGGCAUCUUCUACAAAUCCAUUUCAGACCAAUGCCAGAGGAGCAACAGCAGCGACCUUUGGCACUGCAUCAAUGAGCAUGCCUGCAGGGUUUGGGACUCCUGCUCCCUACAGUCUUCCCACCAGCUUUAGCGGCAGCUUCCAGCAGCCUGCCUUCCCAGCCCAAGCAGCUUUCCCUCAGCAGACGGCUUUUUCUCAACAGCCCAAUGGUUUUGCAGCAUUUGGACAAACAAAGCCAGUGGUAACUCCUUUUGGUCAAGUUGCAGCUGCUGGAGUAUCUAGUAAUCCUUUUAUGACUGGUGCACCGACAGGACAAUUUCCAACGGGAAGCUCAUCAACCAAUCCUUUCUUAUAGCCUUAUAUAGACACUUUACUGGAACGAACUUUUACGUGGUCACAGUACAUCUCUCCGCCUCUUGCACUGUUGUCUUGUUUCACUGAUCUUAGCUUUAAACACAAGAGAAGUCUUUAAAAAGCCUGCAUUGUGUAUUAAAUACCAGGUAAUAUGUGCAAAACAGAGGGCUCCAGUAACAACUUUUAACCUGUGAAUUGGCAAAAAAAAGUAGCCGUAUCAUGUAUAUUAAAAAUUGGCUAAUAUUAAGUUAUUGCAGAUACCACAUUCAUUAUGCUGCAGUACUGUACAUAUUUUUCUUAGAAAUUAGCUAUUUGUGCAUAUCAGUAUUUGUAACUUUAACACAUUGUUGUGUGAGAAAUGUUACUGGGGAAAUAGAUCAGCCACUUUUGAGGUGCUGUCAUAUAUCUUGGAAUGAAUGACCUAAAAUCACUUUAACCAUUGCUACUGGAAAGUUACAAAGUCAAAAUUGGAAGGUUUUAUUCAUUCUUGAAUUUUUCCUUUCUAAAGAGCUCUUCUAUUUAUACAUGCCUAAAUCUUUAAAAAUGUAGAGGGAUACCUGUCUGCAUAAUAAAGCUGAUCAUGUUUUGCUACAGUUUGCAGGUGAAAAAAAUAAAUAUUAGAAAAUAUGCUAUUGUUUUUGUGUUCUUGCUGCAAUGCCUUUACCAAAGUGGCCUUAAAUAUGAGUAGUGAAUUGAGAACAUCUUGAAUUCUUAAAUUAAAAUUUCAGAAGACUUCUAGUGACUAACUUUUAUGUCUAAAGAGAAAAUUUUAUAAAAAGGCCAUGUAGAAAAUUUUAUUUAAAACUAUGACUGCUAUAUUCAGGAGUAUGUCAGUGGUAAAGCAUUUAAAUGUAGCUUGUUAGAUUCACCAUAAUUCUUCUAAUUUCUUUGCAACUCCUUAAUUUUGUGAAAAUUUGUAUAUAUAAAGAAUUUGCAUGUAUGUGUAUUUACAAAUUUUUUUAAGUAUCUUGAAUUCUCAGACUGCAAAAGGCUUAUUUUAACUAUUGAUUUUUUUAAAAAAAAAUUGUCUUUGAAUGUAUUGGAAGCAGACAUGCAUUAACUGUGACAUGAUUGCACCUCAGUUUUUUUUUUUUUUUCCUUUGUUUGGACAGACUGAUAUUAAUAGGACAUUUGUUUAUGUUCAUUUCUAGCGGGAAAGAAACUGGAACCCAGUGUUACCUUGAAGUUAUAGAAUACUUUGUUUAAAAAGGCAACGAUACUAAUGUUUAGUUAUAUCUUUAUGUUAAUAUUCAAAUGAAUUUGUUUAAAUAUUUAUAUAAUGCCUCAUUCAUCCAGUGAUAAUAUAGCAAUCUCAAUCAAAACAACGCAACUGAGAAACCUGUAAUAGUUUUUUAAAAAAUGCCUUUGAGCAGCCCACAUAAGUCACAAAAUCUAUAUGUUAGAGCUCAUGCAUUUGUUCUUAUGUGAGAUUUUGAUUAAUAUAUUUCCCAGCCCAUAGCAUACUAGCAGUUCAGGAGUGAUGGCUUGAAAGGAAGGAGACAGGAAAAACCAUUAAGAGCAAACGCUGUUGAAGACCUGUUAGUGUAGCGACAGCCAGCCCCACUGAGAGGGCAUUACUACAUUGCAUCAUCUUUUGUUAAUUGUCUAUUACUGUGACUCUGUGUCACAAGAAAAGGUGAAAUUACAUAUAUAAAUAUGUGAUACGUGUUUGAAAAGCUUUCUUAUACUGAUUAAGAUUGUUUUUAAGUUUUGGUAUUAAAAGAGGUGAACAUCAGCUUCCUCAAAUAUUAUUUAUUCAUGUUGAAUACCUUUUCCAAUGGUGACUACAGGAGUUGUUUUCAUACUAUAUUAAAAUCCGUGUAGAUUUUUAGACUUGUUGAAACAUUGCUGUCCAUUGUGUAUCUAGCUGAAUGUGUGGUAUCUGAACUAUGAUAAGCAAGGAGACUGGGAAAUCUCUGCCCCUUUUCUGAGCGGAAUGCCUCUUUUAGAAUUAAAUGAAUGCUGCAAAGGUCUGGGUGUGUGUUGGUGUAUACUUGAAAUGUCUCUACAUUUUUGGAGUCACCCUCCAGCCCCCUUCUCAUGGAGGGAAUACACAAAACGUCUUGGAAUUCCUAUCUUUAGAUUGUAUUGGGUCCCAAUCAACUCAUGUACAAAGUCGUGCUAUACAAUUGUAGGCCUUUACUCAGUUAAUCCACCAGGCUUUCCAUCUAAGAAAUAAGUACAUUAAACAGUUAUUAAAAUAA